UGAUUAGAUAGCGGCUAUAACGUUUUGUUAUCAAGACAACUCGGCUGGUGAUAAGCGAACAGGUUAGUUUGUUGUCUGCCUCAAUGCCUAACAGCUGCCAAUUGGGGCGCCGCUUGGCGCUGCUUUGCCUGGGACUCGCUGUGCUGCUCCGGCUGGCGGAUGCGAUGCGCUGCAAGCUGCCCUACGAGAAGGUGCAGGACAACUAUUGCUACUUCAUAGACGACGAUAGUCCCCUGCCCAACUCGUUCAGCGACUUUUGCUACCAGGAGAAGCGCACGUCGCGCGUUUGCCUGGACAGCGAGGAGGAGAUGCGCGUCCUGGCCAAUUAUCUGUACGAGAGCGGCUACCAGAAUGGCACGCAGUUUUGGAGCGCCGGGCAUCGCUGGCCGGGCGAUUCGCAGUUCUAUUGGAAUUACUUUGGACAUGCCCGCAGCAUAAACUACACCAACUGGCUGGAGGGGGAGCCCACGCCACGAAUGGGUCGCAACUGCAUGCUGCUCACUCUCCAGGCCGGAGAGCUCUUCAUGUCCACCGAAUCCUGCUACACCCGAGCCGUGGACAUAUGCGAGCAGCUGCUCACCAAUGAGCCAACCAUAAUGCACUGAACGACAAUCUUUUUAACGGCCUGAAGUGGACUCUUGACGUGCUUAUCGAUUGGGCUUUGUUUAUUGUGCGCCAUUGAGUAAUACAAAUUUUGCGUUUGCCAUUGAGCAUCGAGUAAUAAAGCGAAAGAGAAGGCGUUUGGAUCAAAA